CUUAUGGUCGCUCACAUGGCGGUCAGAUUAUGUCUCAUCUGGCACAAUUUCUUGGAUCAAUUUACCAUUCAAAACGAUCUCAUUUCCAUUAAGGGGGUUUUAAUUCAUCCUACUAAGGGAGUGGCAUCCGUCGUCAUGGGUUGGAUUUGAAUCUGGGGUUUGCCUCCCGACCCGGAAGCACCACCUCACUUUCACAACCCUCUCAUGUCCAACCAUUUUGCUUUCCCUCCACACCACUGACAGAAUUACUUUGCAAAAUGUCCGCCAGUCGGUCCAAUUUGAAGACCUCCCUUCCUUCGGCUCAUGCUGCUUCCACCCAGGCUUCGUCCAGCAUGCGCCGUGCGCCCAAGUCCAAUAUAUCGCGCCAGCAAAAAGGACAGCCCACGAACAAGCCAAACACUGAUCCACGUCACCUCGCCAUAGCUUUACAUCAUGCGCACCGUAUUCAGGCUCAAAAAGAUACCGAAUCUCUUAUUUUGGAUCGCAUUCUCGAACUCGUCACGUUUCCGUCCUCGCCUUCUGCGGAUCCUGCUUCCCCGUCACCUGAAGAUGCCCAGGCUUUCAAAUCAGCUUUGAUACCCUUCCAGCCAACAGACUACGAUAAUUUGAUCCAAGAGCGGAAUAUUGAGGGUCUCUGUGGAUACGGUCUAUGCCCUCGCGAGCACCGUAAGGACGACUCUCGUGGGACUUAUCGCAUAACGUGGGGUGCCAAAGGGAGUGGUCCCGGUGGUCGGGGACGGGAUAUGAACAUAGUUCCUCGUGAGAAGCUUGAGAUGUGGUGUUCGGAUGAGUGCGCUGAAAGAGCUUUGUAUAUACGGGUACAGUUAGCCGAGGAGCCAGUAUGGGAAAGGCGUGCCGAUGACGCCCGGGGCAAGAAUCUUCUCUUGCUUGAGGAAGGGAGAGCAAUGGCGCCAGGAGGGAAAGGUAAGGCGAAAAGCUCUGCGACGGUAGGGGAAGUUACUGGUCAAUUGGACAAUUUGCAUAUGAGCACCACGCCAGGUUCGAGCAACCUAGCAGGUGACAUGUCCAAACUCUCUGUUCGUGAUGCUGCUCACUCCCAUGAGCUCGCUUUGGAACGCGGGGAUGCAAACCCGGCAUUACGGGCCGGGCGAGUAGAUGUCCGGAUCCAAGAGAAUGAUGAUUUAGCGUAUGAACACGUCACAGCACCAGAGAUGCGUCCAGGAGACGACAAAGGAGGAUCUAUUGAAGGCUACAUGCCUCAAGAAUUUUAGGUGGGGAAAGGGAGCGUUCUCUAUCAUAUACCAUUAAAAUUGUGACUUAUACAGAUCGAGCGUUCGCAAAGUUGAUGAUACCCAAGCUGUCAACUAGAUAUACUACUAGGCAAAUGGAAUACACUGUUUUAAUGAAGACACUAGCGUUUCUUGCCAUGAUCCUCGUUAUUUCUAUAUGGUCAAGAGCCAGACAAUGUUAGAGCAACGAACAAGCUUCAUCGACUUAGAAGGUUCUGACCAGUUAACGCGGAUUUGGGGAUAUGCCGCGUCUAUACUGGAAUUA